UGCGCAUCGUCGUCCGACGAGCCAGAGCGGGUCGGCCAUUGAACAAUAACAACAGCAACAACAGCGGCAGCAGCAGCAGCAGCAGCACAGCAGACAAGAUGGCGUCUUCAGGAGCAAGACAGAGCCAUGUGUCUAGCCUGUCGGGGAAGAUCCAGGGGCUCAAGUUCAUGCAGCGGGCGGCUGCGAGCAACAAGGGCACCACCCCAGCCUCUUUCUCGACGGCUUCAGCAGCGGCAAAAGCAGCAUCUUCCAACGACGCCGCCCCAGGACCAUCUUCGUCUUCGAGCAGAGCCAAGAGUGGCGCGACAGAGGGGCGUAACGCAGGCCCGUCAGUCACGCAGGAGCAACACAGCCCUGCUCCGUCCGAGCCUAUCGCUGACGACGGCAAUGAGGAGCACUGGGUCUUGCCCGGCAAGGCUGCUCAACGACAGGCUGCGACAAACACUGCUGUAGAGAGCGAAGAGCUCGGAUGGAACGCAUUCUUGAGACAGGCCUCUGCGUCGGUGGACGGCGAGAACGAAAAGGGCGGAGAUCCAUCAUCGGGAUCCGCGAGGAGGAAGUUUGGCUCGUGGGGCGACAAGAGGAAGAGAGAGAAAAGGCAGGCCGACGACGACGAACCCGACUUCGACAUGAGCGACGACGAAGACGGCGCAUUAGAUUAUGAGUCUGAUGGACACGAGGGGGAGGAUGGGAAGGGAAAGAAGAAAGGAUUUAUCAAGCCGGGGACGAUGGGCAAGCGGCAACGCCGCGAGCACAACGACGACGAAGUGCUGCAGUCAGGCGCUCGCGGAGCGCACGCCAAGGCGAGAAAUGAGGCUGCCAAGAAGAAGCGAGCGGAUAUGUCCAGUGAGGAAAAGGCAAAGAUGAGACGCAAGCACGGCUUCUACGUUCCCGAUCCGGGCGCAGACAGCGACGACGGUAGCGACGAACCAGGCGAUGACUCAAUUUCCGUGCUUGAUGGAGCCAGCACCACCGACACUCCACCGAGGUCCAUCAGCGGCAACAGCAACAGCAGCAAGCCAGGAAACAAGAAGACAAAGAAGGCGAAAGCCAAGAAGCGAUGAGGGAGAGAGACGCUGUAACUGCAAUAGAAACACGCUGCCAUUCCGAAAUGACCUCACUCGCACUCGCGGUGUCUUCAUAAGCAUUC